GUGCUCCUUUGGACUUUUUAUGUCAACGUUGUUUUAUGUUGCCUCUAUAUGCGGAAUUGUCUAUUUGUACACAUCAUAUGCCUCAAGAUCUUCAUGUUCUCUCAAUAUAUUUUUCGUCACAUGGACAGCAAUUCUGCUUGCUGUUAUGAUGGCUAUAUCCUUAAAUUCAAAGGUUAAUAGAGGCCUUUUAUCCUCAGGAAUUAUGGCUUCUUACAUUGUUUUCCUUUGUUGGUGUGCAAUCAGAAGUGAACCUACCACCAUAAGAUGUGAGACAAAGAACCAAGAGAAAGAAAAUGGUGGUUGGAUAACUAUACUUGGCUUUCUUAUUGCCAUAUUUGCUAUUGUGAUGGCUGCCUUUUCCACAGGCAUUGAUUCAACAUGCUUUCAGUUUUCCAGAAACAAAGUUGAACAGGAAGAUGAUAUUCCUUACAAUUAUGGAUUUUUUCAUAUGAUAUUCUCCUUAGGGGCAAUGUACUUUGCAAUGUUAUUCAUCAGUUGGGAUCUGAAUAACUCAGCCAGAAAGUGGAGCAUUGAUGUUGGCUGGGCAAGUACAUGGGUUAAAGUUAUCAAUGAGUGGUUUGCAGCAACAAUUUACAUAUGGAUGCUGAUUUCCCCAGUUGUGAGACAGGACAAAGUUAUGGAUAAUGAUGGAACUGUGCAGGAGAUAGCUGACUCAGUUAUGGCAUGA